AUGGACCAGGACCAUAGAACCAGGUUUGGGCCUGGGGACUAUCUAGGUACAUCCAAUCCACUCUCACCAUCUCCGUCGCCGGAGCCUGCCCGCCUCCAUGGCGAUGAGGAAUAUGCUGAGGACGCCGUCUCCCUUUCUGGCUCAGCGCGCCAUUCGAGUGGCCCAGAGGAGAAUGUUUUCGACGUACCCUCCCCGCAUAGCUCGCCGCGCACAUCCAGUGGGUCUGGCGAAGACUUUUGCGCAUUCGAAGACACAUUUGCUACGCUGAAGCGCCGCUCCUCACCGCCAACACCUUUAAAGCAGCGGUCACCCUUUCGAAACCCAUCGUCAGUGCGCGCGAUGCAAAACGACGUCACGCCGCCACAGAGUCCAUCUUCAAUACAACACCAAAAGCUCCACACACCUUCUCGUCAGGGGACACCCCACUCCGUUCGAUCGCGUCAUAGCGCUAGGCGAACACCCUCUAAGUUGAGCCCAGGAAAAAAGUUGAAGAAAGAGUUUCCACUGGUUCUGUUACAUGUUACUCUACUUCCACUACCAAGCCAGUAUUCUACCGGCGUGCUGGAAGCUACACUACCUCCGCCGAUCCUUGAGAAUUGGAAAAAGAUACAAGAAAAGGUCACGGAGACAGUGGUGGAGCGAGGUGUCUUGAUUCCCCAUCCAAGAGAGGACUAUGACCUCCUCGAAGAGAGGCUUCUGGAGGCGCUCGAAUUGAGACAGCCGCGCAUUCUCAAAUGUGGGCAUUUUCGGCUCUCCCCAGAGGAGGAAGCUGAUAUCUCGGACAACGAUGUCGACGCCGAGGAAUUGGACGCUGAGGAUGUAGAUAGGUGUGAUGAUUGCGGGCGGCAGAUCAGAGAUGGCCGAUUUGGCGAUGCUGGGACGGGUAGUAGGAGAUGGGACAUUAAGAUCUUCGCGGCAAAUGGCUUGAUGAGAGCUGGGGCUUGGGGUGCGGCGUGGAGAGAGAUGGAGAGAGUGGACGUCGAGAUCCUCCCUUGGAUGGAAGAAAAUACAAAACGAGAGCUGGAGCUGAGGAGAGAAGAAGAAGUCAGGCAGAGGGAUGAGCGCAACCUCAGGGAAGAUGACGACGGUGUCGGUAGUCUAGAUGAUGAGAGACUGCGGGAAAUAUAUGGACAGAAUCCACAGGAGCAUUUUGACGGCUUCACAGAGGAUACAGACUCUGCUGACAGGAGAGCAGCACCACAUCGGCGGCAAUCAACACCAGCAAGCGGGGGUCACGCUAAAGUUCCGCUGUGGGACCUUUCAAAGAAGUUUGUAAUUGUUGCCGCUCAAGACAGGAAAAAUCUAGCGAUCCUGUUUCUGAGCAUGAUUGCCUUGCUCCUGGCCUUACGUGGACCAGGAUCAGUAUCGUCAGAUUCGCGCAGACCUCUAGCUUCUGUCAGCUCGGUGCCGACAAUCAAUAUUCCGCCCGCUGUAGCACACGUGGGAACAGACCCCGCCUCGAGCACGAUAUCGUCAAGUAUCGCAGUCACGGACUCGGCUUUAUCAAAGUCGGCAGGCAGUGCCGUCGUUCCGCCGGAGGUAUCUUCCUCAGAGCCAAAGACUGAUACAGCAGACGAUGAUCCGCAAAUGAGCACUGAUGAGAGCGAAUUACAAGAAAUCCUGGUAGAUUAA